AUGCUCUGUAUUGCCUUUUGGUCAAUGAGCAACGCCUCACCUCCACUGCCGCAAGUAACGCGAACCCCGCUGUCAGAAAUUAUAGGCAUAAUUCUGCACACCCACUUUCGAACACCGUUUGCGACCACACUGAUCACGCUGCGCAGCACAACGUCUCCUGGUCGCUGGUUCUUGGAGGAUCUCCUCGAUAGACUGUUGGUGGAGCACGGAAAUGGGCAAUUAGUCGUACAACUGGAUGGAAUCGCUGCUCAAGUCCGCACUCCACCCUGGACACGCAGUUUGAUACUUGCCGAAGGUUACGAGUCGUUGCAUACAAUUUUCAGGCAACUCACGCUGGAUCGAUUCAACUUUUCUGGUUACUAUCUUAUCGUAUUAGAGGGCAGCCCAGUCACGCUAGCAACCGUCAACCGAAUCUUCCACGAACUAUGGAUGCGCCAGAUCGUGAACGUGGUGGUGGUCAUUCGCACAUCACCCGAUCGAGCCGGACCUGUUCAGCUGUGGACAUACUUUCCCUUCUCUCCGGGAUUGUGUCGCAUUCCGAAACCUCAUCUGCUGCUCACAUGGCCCAACGACACCAUCCUGUACGGUGUUAGCUUUUAUCCGCGUAAGAACACCGAGUUUUAUGGCUGUCCGUUGCACGUAGGUAGCUUCGAAACACGUCCCUUCACCAUCUUAUUGCCAAGUACAAGUACCGAGACAAGUCCUUCCCUGUCGGGAUUCGAAGGCGAUCUACUACGCAGUCUCGCAGUGCGACUUAACUUCGCCAUGGAUAUACGAGUGCCACCUCGUGCCCAGCAGUGGGGCUAUGCAGCGUUCGAGAACAGCACCGGUUUGAUGCGCAUGAUAUACACCGAAGAAGUUGACUUCGGGCUAUCCUGCCUUGGAGUCUCGCACCAGCGCAGCGCCAUGUUGAAGGCAGGCAAAGUGCACUUCACCUCCGAGUUAGUGCUCGUUGUGCCACCUGGGCGUCCCUACAAUUCGCUUGAGAAACUGAUCCAGCCUUUUCAACGAGAUGUUUGGAUUACCAUGUUAGUUUACACCACCAUAGGAAUGACCGUCAUCACCGCACUUCGUCUGCUGCCUUCCACAACCCGCGCAACCGUACGGCGUUACCUGGUAGGAGAGCGACAAGUUCACGCUCCUAUACUAAAUAUCAUACGUAUCAUGUUAGCGGUCCCGAUUCCUCGAACUCCUUCCGGCACCUUUCCACGCACGCUGCUGUUCCACUGGAUGCUGCUCGGACAGAUGUCCAUCCUGCUAUACCAAGGCUCGAUGUUUCAAUACCUACAGCGAGCUUCCAACCAUCAGCCGAUGACAACGCUGGCUGAGAUCGACCAGUCCGACGCGCUAUUUCAUAUCAACAAUGAGGCACGCACUUUAUUCGAGCCAUUUCCUCACCGAAUGGCACGGCUACGUUUCUUUCCGACCGUACCAGACAACAUCGGCGCCUGGUUGCGCUGGAAGGGUGCUCAUCCUCAGGAUCAAGAUGUCGGCAUGUGCACGCGGGAUCACGUUGCAUACUACAAUGGCAAGCAUUUCGCUCGGUUGCGAAUCGCACGUGAGCCAAUGGCCUUAUACACCGUCACCAUCUUCUACCCAAAGCGAUCCAUGCUGACCAGUAGUUUCGAUGACCAUAUUGAACGCAUAGACUCGUCAGGAUUGAUGAAGUACUGGGCCGCACGGUAUGGCGACUAUCGAUUCUUCGGUUCAAACCAGUUCAAUGACCAUUCCAAACCUACUCCGGUGAGCAUAGGGCACCUACUGGGGGUCAUAGAGGAAUUGAUCGUCUUGUUUGCGAUUGCAGUGCUUCUGUUCUUUGCCGAACUUGGUUGGGCACGACACACGCGCCAACGUCAACAUUAA